AGACAACAGCAGAAGCAUGGCAAAGCACUAAUCCUCCAUAGCUUAAUUCUCAAGCAAAAGCCUUGCUUGUGAAGCACAUCAUUAUCCUCAAUAAUUACUCCUUUACUAUAAAAAGAAAACUUUUCUCAGUUUAAAUUCCAUAUAUAUAUAUUUCUCAACAGUAGACCAAUUGUUGAAUAGAAUCAUUCACUAGGUUUCAUUUUUCUUUGCUAUUAUAUAUUUUUGUUUGUCUAGAUUAACCAGGGUUGAAAGUUGAAAUCAUAGUCUCUUUAAAAUUUCCAGCUUUUUUAUUCUUGAAUAUUGAUCCUAGACAAUGAUUCCUUCUCAAAUGAUAGUUUUUCUAUUUAUUUUUCUUCAAAACUAUAUAGGCCUAGCAUAUGAUUCUGAUCCGGUUAAUGACUAUUGUAUACCAAGGGAAGAAUUUUCUUCAAUCUUCCUUUCUUGCAAGAAUUCAUCGUUGGUCAAAGUCGAAGAUUUUAUCUAUUCGGGUAUUAAAGAUCCCGGGAACUUUAAACACACUGGAUUUUCAUCCAUUCCAGUGAGCUCCACUGUCUUUCCUGGACUGAAUACAUUAGGCAUGUCGUUUGUGCGUGCUGAUUUUGAUGUUGGUGGUGUGAACGUGCCACAUUUUCAUCCAAGAGCAACAGAGACUGCAUUCGUGCUUGAGGGGAAAAUUUAUUCGGGGUUUGUUGAUUCAGGAAACAGAGUUUUUGCUAAAGUUCUUGAGAAAGGAGAAGUUAUGGUGUUUCCAAAAGGUUUAGUUCACUUCCAGAUGAAUGUUGGCGACUUGCCAGCAACUAUUUUGGGAAGUUUUAACAGCCAAAAUCCCGGAUUAGUGAAAAUCCCAUCUGCUCUUUUUGGAACAGGAAUCAAAGAGGAGUUGUUGAUGAAGGCUUUUGGAUUGAGUGACAAGGAAAUUGCUAAAUUGAGGAAGUUUGUUCCUCAAUAGCUGGGGGAUAGGCGGAUUCAGGAUUUAAAGUCUAUGGGUUCCUACAGGCUACAGCAAUCUCAAAUUAAUUUACAGUGAUAAUUGGUGUUCACAAUCAAAUAUUUAUAAAAUUUUAAUGAAAUUUUAAUACAUACACAGGCUAUGAGCAAAAGCUACUGGAUUCCUAGAAACCCGUACCUAAAGCUUUGGAUCCGCCUGGAUAAUUAUAGGAAUAUUUGUAGUUUCUGUGUUUCAUCUUUUUUCUUUGUGUAUUCAGUAAUGCAACUAAAUUGCGUUAGUUCCAAAAAGAUGCAGCACAGUUCUAAAGGUUGCAAAUUGCAACAUAAGCAUACUGAGAAUUGGUUAAAAGAUGGAAAUUUCUCAAGUUCUGAUGACGAAGAAGCUAAAAAUUCACGAUUCGUACGUAGGUGAAAAAUGAUUCUUCACAUUGAUUAGUUUAGGCCGAAACUGUUCUACAAGAUCCCAGAAAAGAGUAAGAAAUGCAGGCAUUUUAGUCUUUUAUAACAGAAUUUAUGAAGUAUUUUUUGUUGUAUUCCGGUA